UCCAUUCUACACAGGACUUCCUUCAUUGGCAGUAAUGGACCUUAUUUUCAGAACGUAUGGUGCGAACCGGGUGGGCCCCUGGAUUCUCCUGACAUGCAGCCCAGAUGUUCCCCAUCUUCCUUUGCUGCUAGGGAUUGCUGUACCACUGCAGUCUGAAAACUCUCUGGGGAUAUAUGUGAAGCGGAGAUCAAUACCACUGCUUACAAAUAAUUUGGAAAUAAGAGCCAAGAAUGGAGGAAUAAGUCAAAGGUCAAGGCCAUCUGAUUGCACACAUUACAACUUUGAAAGCUGUCAUAGAUGGGAUGCACGCAAGUGUUUGCAAAUGCAAGAGACAGGGAUGGAAGGAGAGGUUAAAUACAAUGCUGUCUGACAGAGUGCAAUAAAAAAAAAAUUUCUAAACAUACAUUUUAUUUUUGUAGGCAUAGUUUUAUUGUUAAUGGCUUGUAUGCAUGAAGCAAAUUUACCUACCUCGUUGCUUGGAUAACUUGGAUAUUGGCAGAUAGCAACCAUACCUCAGUAUUUAAGAACUUAAGGUAAGCCUACAGAAAUCACUUUCAAAAGAUUAAAGAUGUCAGCUUUCUUUUUUUAAAUGUCACUAAAGCUUUUCAUUCUGCUAUUAUUCAGAGUUUUGUAGUCUGACGUGGAGUAAAUUUAUAGAAGCAAACGAUUUUAUAUUCAAAGUGUGAGAUGUUCAGGUUGUAGAUUGUAAUGUUAUU